AAUGUAAGAGUGCAUAUUUUUGAUUUCUCAAAGAAAACAUUUAAAGUCUUAUUAGUGUGGUAAAUAUAAAUGAGAAGUUUAAACUGAAGUGUGAAUGUGUAGACAAGAAGAUAAACAGCAGAAUCAUUCCCAGUCAAAGUUUCAGACACAAAGCAAUGAGGAGCAGUCUGGAGCAACACAUUUGAUCUUCAGUGGCUUUACAAAGGACCAAGUGAUGGCAGAACUGAAGCUAUAUGCCUCAAAAGAGAAAGGUACAGCAAAGCUCUUCAGAAUGCUAUAUAAUAUAGAAGAGAUUAAAGGCCGCUCAUUGUUUGGUAUGAGGAAAGGGAACAGAGAGUCUGACACCAGACCUUCUUGUGCAGACAAGGCAAAACUUAAGUUCUUGGAAGUUUUAGAUUGUGCGCUCGAAAAGUUGCGGACAACCUAAAGGACUGAACUCAAACCGUCCAGGAAUAGCAAGAUAAACUGAAGAAAAUAAAUGGACUAAUGUUUUGCUAUUUUUUGAGACAGUCAC